UAAGCAGCCAACAAAUGUAUUUUUUGAAUCGUCCACAACUGGAGCUGCAGAUGGAUCACUUCCAGGACCAUCAUUUGAAGUAUACAAUACUCCAAUGUAUGAUGAUUUAUUUUGUGAGCAAUCAACAAAUAUUAUUGCUGAUUCUCCUACAUUAGAACCAGAUGAUAAAUCUCUUCCAGGACUAUCGAUUGAAAUAACUAAUCCUCCUGAAACAACAACAGAAGUAUGUUCUUUGGGUCAUCGAAUAGUGGACAUAUUCUACGUAUUUGAACAAAUUAAAAAAUGUAUCCACGAAGGGGGUUUUGGAUGUACUUUCAUGGAUAUGGAGUUUGUACGUGAAAUACGUUUUGGUCUACGGUCGCAAUUUCAAUUCACAUGUAAAAUGUGUAAAGUUAACAUGAAAAUUGAGUCUGAAAAAAAGGUCCCAGAGACAUAUUUGCCUAUAAAUUUAGCCGCAAUCAGUGGUUCAAUAUCUAUCGGAAUAGGAUAUUCACAACUCGAUGAAAUAUUAGCUUCCACCGAUAUUCCAUGUAUGAGCAGCAGUACAUUUUUAUCUGGUCAAGAAGAAAUCGGUGACAAAAUUCAUUGUAUUGCCCAAGAAGCAAUGAGAUUAGCCGGUGAAGAAGAAAGGCGAUUAGCGAUCGAAGCAAAUGAAUUAGAUAUAGAUGGUAUACCUAUGUGCACAGUUGUAGAUGACGGUCAGUGGUCCAAACGUAGCUACAAAACUAAGUAUGAUGCUUUGUCCGGCGUGGCUACAAUAAUUGGAUAUAAAACCAAAAAAAUCUUAUUUAUUGGUAUAAGAAACAGAUAUUGUUUAAUUUGUCAGAGAUCGAAAAAUGCAAAAAAGUCUGCAGUUCCAAAACACACUUGUUUUUUAAAUUGGAACAAUGCUUCAACAGCGAUGGAGGCUGAUGCUGUUGCCGAAGGGUUCAAACGAAGCAUUGAAUUACAUGGCUUAAAAUUUAAUAAACUAAUUGGUGAUGGUGACUCUAGUGUCAGCAAAAGAUUGUUGGAAAUGAGACCGUAUGGUCCUAAUUUCCAUAUUGAAAAAAUUGAAUGUAGAAACCAUUUAUUAAGAAAUUAUGGUACAAAACUGGCUGCUAUUGUAAAAAAUAGUAAAUUCCCAAUACCAUUGCGAAACCAUAUUUCAAGUAAUGCAAAGCGAUUUAGAUCUGCUAUCACUAAAGCCAUAGACUAUCGGAGUAAGUUGAUUAGUCAAACGAAACAUCAAAAAGUCUCCGGAUUACGUAAAGAUAUUACAAAUAGAUUUUGCCAUAUCAUGGGUAGUUAUAAGCAUUGUGAAAAAUAUUUUUGUAAUGGAAACAAAUCAAAUGAACUUGAUUUGUUAGAUGACGCGGAAAAAUGUGGCCUAGUAAGAGAAAUAAAUCAAAUAGUUGGACGACUAGUUAUGCACACUGAAAGUUUAUUGUUGAACGUGGACAAUAAUGUGUGUGAACAGUUCAACAGUAUUAUAAAUAAACACUUGUGUGGAAAACGGAUCAAUUUUUCAUUACGAAAUUCGUAUAAUACAAGAAUUGAGUCUGCUGUUGUAUCAUAUAAUACUUCAGGUCAAUUUUUACGUUCAUUACACAAACAUGCAGUCAAUGAAAUUAGUCCUGGUCAUGAAGGAAAGAAAUUUUUAAAAUCCAGAGAAAAGAAAGCAGCAGCACUUAAAAAAAGAAGGCAGUUGUUUCCUAAGAAAAAAUUGUUUUUGAAAAAAUCGCGCGGUGCAGAUGAACAUUACGGCUUAGCUGAACCUCUUCUAGAUGAAUAUUCUUUACAUGACAUCGAAGAAAAAAAAACAUAUUUUUUGCAUUCAAUCACAUUGAAUGACAAUGCAAGGCAACAGUUGGAGUUAGAAACAAGAGAACAAGCAGCAUGUCAAAAAUGGCAUAUUGAACGAAAAAACCGUCUUACUGCUUCUAACUUUGGCCGAAUUUGUAAACGAAGAUCAACAACCUCAUGUAAGUCUUUGGUUUAUGAUUUGCUGUACAGAUAUUUUUCUUCAGCCGCAACUGAAUAUGGAAAAACAAUGGAAUCAAUCACCAUACAAUGUUUGGAAACUAAAUUAGGCCAAAAAGUUUCUUCUUGCGGUCUAAUAGUUGAUCAAUCUAUUCCAUACUUUGCUGCUUCACCAGAUGGACUGAUUGGAGAUGACUGUCUGGUCGAAAUUAAAUGUCCUUAUUCUGCUAAAGAUCAUACAACCAUCAUUGAUGCUAUAAAUGACAAAAAAAUAAAAUUUCUUAAAAUUAAUAAAAAAUCAAAUGAACCAGAAUUAAAGAUAACUCAUGAUUAUUAUUAUCAAAUUCAAGGGCAAUUGCAUAUAAGCAAAAAAAUGUAUUGUUAUUUUGUUGUAUUUUCUGACAAUUGGAUACACAUUGAAAAAAUUGUAUAUAACGAUGAAUUUUGGCAAAACGAAAUGUGCACUAAGUUAACAAGGUUUUAUCUAGACUGUGUGUUACCGGAAAUAGUAAUACCUCAAUAUGGCAAACGACUUCAAAUUCAAGACAUAAAAGACCCACAAGAAAAGAUUGUUGAAUGAUUAUUACCUUUA